AUGCGUGGCAUCCUUACCCUUGUCGCCCUUGGGGUUGCGGCUCUCCCCCAAGCAAGCGCAGCACCUAGUGAACGAAAUGGGAAGAUGGUUGAUUUGCCUUUGAAGCUGUACUCGAACGGUUUCAACACAGACUUGAUCACCAUCGGCACACCUGCCCAGUCAACCAGGCUCUUCAUCGACUGGACCUGGAUCGGCCCAUAUACCGUCUCUACCAAAUGCAACCAUACCAACAACGCCUUUGGAUGCCUUGCCCCCGGCCAGAGACUGUUCAACGAGACGCAAUCAACGACUCUUGUCAACCAGACCAACUUGUAUCCAACUCGAACAUGGAACCCCAACCAUUUCUUCAUGGACAAGGAUCUCACGGCGGUCUUUGCCUCCGACAUCUAUCGUGUUGGUAGCGAGGAGGCUCGGAUUACGCUUCAGCUUUCGCAGCAGAACUGGAAAGCCCCGUUCCCUUAUCCAUUCAGUGGAAUCUUUGGCAUGUCUCCAGUCUUCAAGACAGACAAUGCCUCCGUCCAGGCCCCAUUCUAUCAGAUGUUGCAACAAGACAAGUUUCACUCUGGAAUGACUUCAUUCAUCUAUUGCUAUAGUGAUGAGCCAGGUGCGAAGUCGCCACCGAAGGAGCGAUGCAAUGGAAACGACGCCGUCCAGACCCUUGGUGGCUACCACCAUAGAGAUAUCGGAUGGAGAGGAAUCGAGUGGAUCAACACGGUUGUCUUCCCUAUUGUCAACGAAAUCGACUUUAUCUAUAACCCAGCUAUUUACAACUACUGGUCUAUCCCCGUCACCAAGCACUUUAUCGGUAAUGAAGAGCAGGCUCUCAAUACCACCACAGGCUCUGCAGUAGUCUUUGACCACGCUAGCUACGGCCGCGGUGCCGCUUUAUCCAUCGCAAGUUACAAGCGCCUUGUUUCUAUUACCAAUGGCCAGCCUGUCAACCUUACCACCGCCACUACCCCAAACAACGGCAAGCAACGCUAUUACUCUGUGGACUGUGGGCAGAUCGAUUCGUUCCCAGCAGUCAAGUAUCAAUUUGGCAAAUGGCGCCGAGUCUGGAGCAUCGAAGCCAGGCACUAUGUCUCCAAGGCUAAGACCACGGACGGCAAGGAUGUCUGUGUUCUCAAUGUCCGUGUUAUUGGCCAGGGAGAAAGCUUUAUCAUUGGAAACCUUGGUGAAAAUUUUGCCAAGGAUAAGGUUAUCUUAUUCGACUUCGACAAGAACAGGGUUGGUCUAGCUGACCUCCGUGACUAG